GCCUGCUUACAGCAUCUGGGCAGCAUUUCCACCACCUCCACCACCACCCGUCCCCUGCUUUUUCUUUCUUUUAAUCAAGCUGAACAUGGUGAACCAUUAACUCUGUGCAUUGUCAAGUCUCCUCUGGCCUGGAGCGCACCUCUGUCCAACUGAAAAGCUUGCACAUCCUUCUGAACCAGCGCUUGGUCAAGUGAAAGAGUGGCUGUUGAUUUGGAGGACAAAGACGACGACUGCCAUUGCAGUGCUAAUGCCUUGUGUAGGAGCAUGAACACCACUAUCCAAGAUGAAGCACCACUGUUUGUGGAGCCAGUGGAAAACAGAUUCGCUUUCCCCAAACCCAAAGAUCACUUCCAUGGGGCCUACAUUAUCUUCUUCCUUCUGGGGACAAGCUCUCUUUUGCCAUUGAACUUCAUUAUGACAGCAAAGCAUUAUUGGAUGUACAAACUUCAGAACUGCUCGGAAAAAAUCUCUCCAGCAGCGCAAGGAGAAUUAGAUGUUCGGGACUUCUUUGAAAGCUACAUUUCCGUGGCUUCCACUGUGCCUUCUGUGCUUUGCUUGAUUGGGAACUUCCUGCUGGUCAACAAGAUCUCUGUCAAGAUCCGCACUCUCUCCUCUCUGGUCAUUAUGCUGGCUGUUUUCAUGGUGAUCACAGCGCUGGUGAAAGUGGACACCUCUGCUUGGACUCAGUGGUUUUUUAUCAUUACCAUCAUCUGUGUGGUUGUCAUCAGUGGAGCCGCCACAAUCUUCAGCAGCAGCGUCUUUGGCUUGUCAGGAUGCUUCCCCGUACGGAAUUCCCAGGCGCUGAUUUCAGGUCAGGCCAUGGGAGGAACAGUAAGUGCGGUGGCCUCAGUGGUGGACCUGGCAGCUGCAUCAGAAGUGACAGACAGUGCACUGGCCUACUUCCUCACAGCGGACGUCUUCAUUCUUCUGUGCAUUGGGAUGUACUUGAUCCUUCCAAAGCUGGAGUACUCCAGGUACUAUAUUAGAAGACAACAGGACAUCAUUACACAAGUGCCGUGCACGAUGGCCAGUGAUCACUUAGAGAAUGAGGCUACAGCAACAACCAUCACCACCAGCCUAUUUCCACCAAGCAGGACCCAUACAGGACAGAUCCCUCCCUUAUGGUCCCUCUUAAAGGCUACCAGUAUGUUGGGCUUCUGUGUCUUCUACGUCUACUUCAUUUCUAUCAUCAUUUUCCCUGCAGUCUCCUCCAGCAUAGAGUCUGUCAACAAGGCCUCAGGGAGCUUGUGGACAGAUAAAUACUUCACCCCCCUGACUUGUUUCCUUCUGUAUAAUUUUGCUGAUUGGUGUGGACGCCAGAUCACUGUCUGGAUCCAGUUUCCUGGACCAAAGAGCAAGUUACUGCCUGCUAUGGUUCUGUUGAGAACUUUCUUUGUUCCGGUCUUCAUGCUUUGCAACUAUCAACCUCGAAUGCAUAUCACAAGGGUGGUCUUUGCUCAGGAUAUCUACCCAGUGAUCUUCACUGUUCUCCUGGGAUUCAGCAAUGGCUAUCUGAGUACGUUAUCCAUUAUAUAUGGCCCUAAGGUUGCACCUAAAGAACUGUCAGAAUCCGCAGGAGUAUUAAUGAUGAUGUUCAUGCAGCUGGGCUUGGCUUUUGGAUCGGCUUUUUCCGUUCUUGUAGUCCAUCUCAUAUAGAAGAAAGAGACAGAACUGCUCCAGCCUGCUAUUCCCUGAAUUGCAUUGGUAUCAGGAUAUAUUUUUUAAAUGGCUCAGCCAUUUUGUGCCACAUGCAACCAUUUUCUUGUUUAGGAGCUUGUACAAACACUUUUGCCUGUGAUGGUGAAGAAGAAGCUUGGAAAUGAAUCAGAAUAUUAGGGCCAAAUUCACAAUUGUGGGCAGGAGGAUUUUAAUAGUGUAUGCACUUAUCAUAUAUCAGUACACAUGUAUACAUCUUUGGUCACAGGGUUUACAACAAAGGGAAUCACUUACAUUUUACUAAGGACACUGAGAGAUUAAAUCCUGGAUUUUGAUUUUUUUAAAAAAAAUUAAAAUCAGUCCUAUAAUUGUUAAAAAGAAAAGCACUUGUUCUAAAAGAACUGUCCAGAAGAACAAGUAAGCUAACGGUUAUAGCUCUUGAUAGGCACUUCAGUGUGACCCCUGCUGCUACUUUUCAUACUAGCUGGGUGAUACACUCCUCAGGUGGUUACCACUCAGGCACCUUUCUAUACAUUUUAACAUAUAAAGUCUUAUCCAUUACUCCAGCAUGGUGUGGAUAGAGUGAGAGACUAGAACUCUGAAGAACAGGGUUCAAAUCCCCAGUUGCCCAUGGAAACUCACUUUGCUAACCCCAAGAUGGUAUUUUACAUUAUCUGGGUGUUCUGUGAAAGGAAUUUCUUCAUAUCAGUAAAACUUUUAUGUUUCUAUUGGUAAAGUGUACCUUCACAUGACAUGGUGCAUGUUCGUUCAUUAGUAGUCUCUGUUCUUUAUUCUUAGUUAUAAAACAAAUCAUGAUGAGAGAUUGGUUUAAACAAUCAAAUAAGGUUUUUAUCUUUGGGCCAUAGAUACUAGGAAUGAAGAGAAAGAUUCAUGGAUAUCAGUGAUAAAAUUAAAACAACAGUAAAGAUUUAAAUUUAAUGUUGAAAAUAAUCACCCCUACCCUCUAAUCACUACAGACAGAUUUCACUUCUUGAACUGAAACUUAGAUUACCACUAACUCUCAGACAGACUACUAACUCCCUUCAGCUGCUCUAGUCCGCUAUCACUUCUUCAGUCUCCCAAGAAACACUCCCCCAACAUUUCAUGGAGGGAUUCUUGAAGACGGUAGAUAAAGAUGGGUACAGUACCCUGAUGUAGGAAGAGGUUCGAGCCAUGAUCGUUUCCAUUCCUUGUGACAAGGUAGUGAAAGCCAUGGCAGGAAGUAAGCCCAGCUCAGCUCCUUAGCCCAACGAUGGAAAGAGACUAGGUCAAGCAGACUUCAGUCAAGAUUCAGUGGGGGUGGUGGGAAUUGGAGGAGGUGAGAAGAGGAGGUGGAGACCUGCCCUCUUUUACUAGGAGGUAUGCCACUGGCCUGGAGAGGGGGAAAGUCUUCAUUCCCCAUAAGAAGGUAAACGCUUUGCUGGUCACCCUGUCCAUAAGUGGAGGGAGGUAUACUGACACAGGACGGUUUGUGGCUGGCACACAAUACAUAUUGAAAACCCUUGCCCUCUGGUACAUAGCCAGGCUCCAAGCAGUGGGGGAGAAAACCGUUCAAAGAAAACAGAAACUCUUAAGUAAUUUGCCAGAAUAUCAAUACCCCAAGAGGGAGGACUUGACCAUGUUUAUGGGUUAAUGGAUCCUCCUCUCCUUGUGGGAGGUGGAGGGUGUGUCAUCAGGUCCAUAAUGUGGGGUCAGCAGAUUCCUGGAGAAAGGAGGAGGAACAAUGGUGCAGAAGGGAUACAAUGCAAAAAUGUCAGGGAGGGAAGCAGACCAAGAACCUUUGAGAUAAACCUUUUCCCACUUUGCGAAGGAAUGUCGCUUAGCUAGAGAGCUAUAGGAAACUUUGGCAGGUAAGGUGGACUGUCCCUACUUAAAGGAGCAAAGAUCAGAAAUGUUUCUGUUUGGGAAGGAACCAGAGGCUGGAUGGGAGGUUAUGAAGAAUGGGAAGAAGGCAAAGGAGUCCAGAGAGCUGGAAGGUCCCCUAGCCCUUAGUGAGGAUCAUCAAUUUGAUGCUCUUAAGCACUUUAACAUUCCAAAGGAUGGAACAGGUCAAGACAGGGAAGCCAGCAGAUCCAAGGAGAGGGUCAGGAAGAGUGGUGGUAUCAGAGCAUGCACUAAAUGGGUAGUAAUGUGAGAGAAGACACCAGAGAGGCACAAAUGAUGGCAGUUGUUGACGGAAAGAAACUGGGAAUAACUUAAGAGAAACAAUGGUGGUUGUUAGCUACAAACAUCAUGCAGUACUAGAAUGUCGCAAAUGGCACUUGCAAAUAUAUAAAUAUUGUCACCUUUGUACAGGGUAUAUUGUACUUGGGAGAAGGUUGUGCUGUAAUUUUUUUAUGUAGAGAAAUGUAAUUGCAUUAAUUAUUUUCUUCAAAUGUUUUUUAACUUCUAUAUAUUCCAUUUUCUAUGUACUCCAUCUAGCUUGGUGAUAUUUAAUGUUUUAUAGUAUUUUUUUAUCAAUAAAAAUCU